AUGGCAGAAAAUGCUGAAACAGUCGUUGAUGUACACUAUAAUGGAGUGUUCACACCUACCCCGUUGAUGUAUCUUAAUGGAGUAAAAGCCUUUGUACCAUACACAGUUGUGAACAAGAAGAACUUCCCUGAUUUCAUCCCAUUUCUUGAAAAGCAUACUAAUGGAAGAUGUAUAAAUGUGUAUUACUGUCCACAUGAAGUGAGGUUGUCGGAGGGAUUACAUGCCAUUCAGAAUGACUGCAAUUUUGAUGAGUUUCUUGAAGAUAUCAAUGAAAAGAAGAGACUAGAUGUGUAUGUGGAUCAUCAUCAUGAACCUGUGUUUGAUUGGAUUCAGGAGGAAGAAGCAAACCUUGGAGAUGAUGAUUUGGUUUCUAUUGAUUAUAUUGACUCCAUUUUAGAAAAUGGACAGAAAGUUGAACAUGUAGAGGACGAUAAAGUUAUAUCUCUCAAAAGAAACUUCAAUUAUCAAUACCUCAACAAAUUUCUCCAAUACAGAAUGAUGACUUGGUUGAAGAAGAUUAUAAUACAAUACGACCUAUCUACCCAAGACAUGAUCAUACUCAUGAAUGGAAUGAGAUGA